GGAAUGGCUGCGCAGUUCUUCAUGCUUGUGGUGCUGUGCGCCCAGACUGUGUCUGCGCAAAAGUUUGCAGCUUUCGACGCUGCCAGCUCGUCGAGUGUGUACUCCAGCAAGUCUUUCGCUGCGAGCCUAGCAGUGGCAGAGUCUUCUGGGUAUUGGUGCAGUGCUGGGCACCACGCGCCGGGCGAGGUUGUUUCUUGGACAGGGGAGUUCAACUCCCGCCGGCAGAUCUCGGGCGUGCAGUUGCGCUGGAGCUACGCGCCGGCAGAAGUGAAGGUGCUGACCAGCGCUGACGGUGGCAACUUUGAGGAAGCCGCAGCCUGGAGGCGCAUUGCGCGCAGCGAGCCCAGCUUUGAGGAGACAGUGAUGUUUGCCGGGCCUGUUGCAGCAAAGUCGGUGAUGGUGUUGAUGCGUGGGCCAAAGCCUUGGGGCUAUUUUGGCUUGGCUGGCGCUGCGGCCUUGGCAGGGCCUGCUUCCUUCAUGCUUGUGAGCGGAGCGCCAGGCCGUGAAGAGCAGUGUGCUGUGGCUGGGUCCAAAGGCUUGCGUGCGGAGGCUUGCUUGACAGCGCUGGUGGCAGGGGAGGGCAAGGAGAUUUUCAGCUUGUCGGACGACGGAGAGCUUAAGACCAACGCGGGCCAGUGUUUGGGCUUGCGAGCUGGGGCUUUGUCGUUCCAAACGUGCGCGGGAAGCCAGAGCGCUUGGGAAGCAACGGCAGACGGGCAAGUGAGGCAGGGGGGCAUGUGUUUAAGCUUGUCGGGGGAGAGCAUUGCUGCAAUGGACUGCAGUGAAGCUGCGGUUCUGGGAAGCGACAAGUUUUUCCAGGUGGCUGUUGGGGCCCAAGAUCCAGCAGCUGCGGUGGCAGUGCGGACCAUGGGGGAGCUGCUCCGGGCCAGCGUGGAGCGGCAGCGCAAGCUUGUGGCAAGGCUGCAGGCCUUGCUGCCGAAGUUGGCCACUUGCAAGACUUCCAGCUUGAGAAGCUUCGCGUUCCGCGCGCAGUCGGUGUCUGCAGCAGGGCAGUCGGCCAAGUUAGCGAGCCUAGGAGAGAAGAUUGGGGAACGCUUUGGCCCUGGUGUAGGAGAGGCAAACUCUGUGUUGUUGGCAACAGCGAAAGUCUUGGAAGCUGUUGGGGCGGCCUCUGCUCGGUGA